AUGCUUCGAGGAUGUCAAUACAGGGAACAUUUGGCCUUGCUAUCCGACAGUGAUGUGGACAGAAAAGGUCAGCAACACAGUUUAGCAAUUACUUCAUUCAGUGCUUCGAUUGCUCAGCGUCGAAUACUUGUACGGACCCCGAUCAUUCGAAUGCCACCACCGCAUACGCCACUACGAAUGGUACCAAGUGCUUGUGCCAGUUUGUCUCCAACAACUGCGUUGUUAUGCCGAAAAGUAAUAUCCGGUGGUGGAAUCCGAACAGCUACACCGUUCUUCCAAUCAGCACUCCACCGCCGACCGUUUCACAGGAACUUGCCGAAGCCUUCGGCAUGA